AAAGGUCCACUCCACGACAUUAUAAGAAGCUGGAUGACACUGAGUGCUGAGUUUUUGUUCAAAAGUGUGUUGCACGAUCUUCUGUUGCAUCUAUCAUCGUCUUGUUGCGUCAAACAGCCUCUUUUUGACCUCAUUGUGUGGAGUUAGGGAGUUUUGUAAGCGAUUGGAAUAUUCUGAAAACCUGCUCGGGUUAUAAUACAGAUGUUUUUGUGUAUUUUUCUUGCAGUGGACUAUACCCUGGAGUAUUAUUAGGAGCUGUUCGCUGUCUAUGAAAAGAUGCAGUGGGAGGAAGGCUGGUGGGGCGACAGGGGACCCCCAGUGGCGCCAAAAACAGACCAAUCAGCUGACAGCGUACUCCAAAACGGAACCAAACCGCUGACUAAUGGAGUGAGUUUGGGCAACGGUCACUCUGAGCACGCCGUACCCGAGGUCCUCUACGCUCUGAAGCACUCUCAGAAGUCGUCUCUAGCGCCUGCCGCUGUGGAAAAUGGCUUCACGCCCGUUGACCAGGAAGCAGCAGAUGUUGCUCAUCAGAAACUAUCGAAUGGAUCUGCGAAGGUCUCAAAAGAAACGAAUUCGAGCGAUGACGCUUCGGGGAGUUUCGAAUUUGAUUGGGAGGAUGAAAAACUGUCCAAGCCUAAAAUUAAAAGUGCCUUUACGAAAUUCCAGCAACAGAAAGCUUUGUUGACUAAAGGCGAAUCGCAUUCAGACGCAAUGCAGUCGGUCCUUUUGUCAGAGGACGGAUUAGUUCCUGAACCUAGGGCCAAAUCGAAACUACGUUUACCCAGCAAACGGUUCGCAAACGUCGACCACAUUCCAAAAAGCAAAAGCUCCAACGAGCUUGACAAUCUGAAACAGCAGUCUUUCCAAAAUGGCCGCGGUCACGUCCGGUUGAAAAACGACGUCGACGCUCAGGGAACGGAGUCACAGCAGCAACAACAGCAACAGCAGGGACAGCAGGAGGAACAACAGCAGUUGAAGCAGCAACAGCAGCAGCAGCAACAGCCGAAAAAGCCGUGGCUGAAACAGCAGAACGGACAGGCCAAGAGCAACUCUCAGUACUCGGCUGUCCAGAAUGGCGGUCAUUCUAUAUCGGGCUUCCAAUCCCAGGGUUAUGGCGACCAAAGCGGCAUCGCGGAGUAUGAGAAAAGCAGUAUGGGGGCUCAGGCAGGUUUCAUGGGGGUAGAAAGCCUCCCGUACCAGAAGUACCAGUACAAGCGCUACUCCACUGACACGGACGACAGCUCCGCAGAGGAGGAUAGCGAGGACAAGAUGAACGCCAUGCUCUGUGUCGUGUGCUGCCUCUUCUCUGUCUGCAUCCUCAUAGGGGUCGUGGUGCUGCUCUGUCACUACGCCGAGAAGAAGGCGGAGGAGCAGAGGAUCCCCAAUAGCGAUCGAGAGGAUAUUCGUCGUCGAGCAGUUCGGCAACGACACCUUCAACAAAGGCCGCAUCAUGAAUGCAGCAUUCCGGGAGGCGGUCAAGCUCUUCGACUUCCAGUGCGUCACAUUCCACGACGUGGACCUGGUGCCGGAGGAUGACCGGAACAUGUACUCCUGCACGGAGCAGCCCAAGCACAUGUCCAUCGCCAUCGAUAAAUUUUCUUAUGUACUUCCUUACCAGGGCCUUGUCGGAGGAGUCUUGUCCUUCCGCAACAGUCACUUCCAGCUGGUGAACGGCUACUCUAACAUGUACUGGGGCUGGGGCGCGGAGGACGACGACAUGACCACACGGAUCCUGCACAGGGGGCUCCGGAUAUACCGGCCGCCCAGCAACAUUGCCCGCUACAAGAUGGUCAAGCACGACCAGCGGAAGAUUUCAGAAAUGACUGUCAGAAUGAAGCUGUUGCGAUCAGCCGCCCGGCGCAGUAAGCUGGAGGGACUGAACAAUGUCAUGUACAAGGUGUUGUUUACACACAAGGAGAAGCUCUUCACACAUUUUAUGGUGGAUAUAGGCAAGCCUUGACACAGGCCUCAUUCCUAGACAACAUUGAAAUUGUUAAUGUAUUUAUUUAUGCAUGGUUUUGUGAAUUUAGAAAGAAGGAAAAUGAGCUGUGUACCUGUAUAAUUGCGAAAAUGGAAUGGAUCAUGUUGUGUGGGGUUGAAACUGAAUGUGCUGUGUGGCCUUUUGAAACAUAUCGUCAAUGCUUUCCCAUAGAUUAACCAAUAAUAAUUGUAAAGAUAAGGACUGCUGUGUGCAUUGCCUGAAGCUUGCUCUAAGUGAGAGGAAAGAUGAUCCAGAGUUUUUCUCCUUAACAUCAUUGAUGAUGUUCUUGAAAUGAGAGUGACUGCACAUUCAUGUUCGUUUCAUCAAGAAAACAUUUUAAGGCAGAGAUUAAGGGCUCCAUGGUAAAACAGAAUGUAACCAUUUUCUACAAAACUGAGAAAAAGGGAGAAAAUUCUCUGAAAACAAAAGUAUGAACAAGAUAUAAUUUUAUCCUACUAAAUGUCGAGGGACACAGUAGGCUACAUUUUGAGAAGAAAAAAACAGUUCUUCACGUCAACUCUUAUCAUAAGAUCAUGGACUGGACAGGGUCAUCCAGAAAUGCCCAGGUUUGGCAUAUUGUGCGUUUUGUAAAAGAACCGUUCAAAAAGAAAACAUAAUGUUUUUGAUGGUGUGCAUUCUGUCUCAUUCGUAUUAUAAAAAGUUAAGUGUGUUAGUGGCAGUGAGAUUAUGUAUUUCUCUUGAAAAGAAGGAUGGCCACUUUGCUCAUCAUACCUCUGCAUGCUUUUGAGAUACUGGCUCAGUAUUUGUAUUUCAAAUUUUAAAAAGAAAAUUAAUGUUUGAUUGUAGAUGAAUGUUGAAAUGUGUCAACUUCUUCAUCUUCAUCCAGUCCUGUGUCAUUCCAUGCUUUAAAAGAGCUUCUCUGCCUCAAAAUGACAUUAGAAAAGAAAUUGCUCCUUAAGGAAAAAAAAUGUAGAACAUAAUAUAGAUUUUGUUUUCCAGUUCUGCUGCACCAGAGUGGUGGCGAAACACUUUCUCUGUUGUGCCUUGUCAUUUCAAGGCACGCUAGGUAGAGGCUGAUAGCAACAAAAUUUUUCUGACGUCUCUCUCUUUCUCUUUGAGAGAAUGGAUAGAUGUCCUGUGCAAUGCAGCCAGUUUAUACCAGAUCUACUUGAGAGCUGGUCAAAUGAUACGGGAGUCCACCCCACUUUGCAAAGGUCUGAGCAUAAUGGUGGAGGACCCACACAUUUUUUUUGUUGUAUCUUUGAUGUGCUCAGGCCGGUACAUGGAGUACUUGAAGUUGCAGACUGCAGACUUUGAGUUCUAUCUAGUCUGUGAUACAUCAAAUGCAAAUACUGUGUGUCUUUCUCCUCUGUGGAGAGAACUAUGUGAGCAUUAUAAAUGGCUGUUGUGUGCAUAAAACUGCUUCAUUCUUAAUGUACCUAACCAUGUUUCAUGUUGCAAACAUUGGGGAGCAGCAUGUCCCAUUGUAAUCACUAGCUGUUUUGUUGGCUCUGGAAAGAACUGUGCCUGUCAUGGAUGUACAUACAAACAUUGAGUGUUUUGAUUAAAACAAUGGAAUCUUUCAUUUCCAGUAGUUUGCUCAAAUUCCCCUCCUAACCAGGACGUAUUUCUUUUGUGUCUUUUGCUUUGUUUCUAUCGUUUCAUCAUACAAAUGUGUGGAUUGUACGAAUAAUUUGAGUUGGGAAUGAUAACGGAUCAAUGACUUUUUCUCAUUUAUCAUGCUUUUUCCUUCAUCUAAGGAUAACAAUCAAGAGAGAAAUAAUUGUAAUUUUUUUUUAAUCUUUUUUUUUUCUUUACAUUGAUAUUCAGUGCUGCCAAAGAGAAUGUUUUAAAUGUCUGUGUUUUGUUAUGUUGCUAAUAUUAAGAAGGCUAGUUAGUAAUAAUGAUCAUUAUUUAUUAUUAAUAUAAGAAUGUUAAUUUUGAAAGUAGGAGUUUUUGGCUUUAGUGGCACGUCCAAAUUUAAGCACAGUUUAGUCAGACAGGAUUGAUUGUGUUAUUCUGUGCUGGAAAUGUUCGCCUCAUCUUGAACUCUAAAACUUGUAAAGUAGUAUUUGGAUUUGGAUUCCAUUUCAUUUUUUGAGUCCUGCUUGCGAUCAAGGAAGAUUAUUUUUUUAUAGUUGUCAAUGUAGGAGAGAUUGCGACAUUCAUUAAAAGUCUAUCCACUAUUUAUACUUUUUCUCACUUUUGUUUUAUUUAUGAUCAUGUUUUGUUAGAUCACAAGGCAUUGUAUAUUAUAUUCCUUUCUUCCGACAUUUUUGUUCCUUCUUUUUUGUUUCUUUCAUCUAAUUUGUUCUUGCUAGACUAUCAUAUUACCUUCCUGAUGCAUAUACUGCUGGCUUACUUUUUUUAUUCACUGUUUAGGAAAUUUCAAAUAAACUAUCUUCAACAUACCUCUUUGAGAAUCUCAUUUAGCCAGGUCCUUUUUACAGAAACUUUGCAGGGGUUAGAUUCCAAGAAAACUAAGUUUGCAUAAUGAGAUAUCUCUAUCAACUUCAU